AAAGUCAGGGUUAGGUCUUUCACCAGCAUCAUUCCCAACCAACCAACGACGAUCCAUCCGUUGCUCGGCCGCCCGGUUGCGGGAGAGCAAGUUAGAGUAUCCACGGUACUGAACUACACCUCCGCCACCUCCGCCAUGUCGAUCCUCCUCAACAACCAGCGACGCCUACUGCUACUACUACACUUGCGUCCGGCGGGUGUGCGACCACCACUACACAAUGCCAACGCCAAUGUCAACGCCAACGCCUCGUCCUCGCCGCUGCUGAGCCUCGCCGCCGCCGGCAGCCGCGCCUACUCCGGCGGCCCCCGCCCCAAAGCCUGGAAGCUAGCGCGCUUCAAGAAGAAGGAAGACAAAGCGGCUUUGCCCAAGAAGCAAUCCUUCGCGCUCCUGCGGCGGGGCGGCCCACCAGGCCCACCCGGUCCACCAGCCGAGCGGUUCUCAGCGGGCCUUUCUCGGCCGCCACCGCGUUCACCACCACCGCGCGACUCCGCACCCAAACUGCCCAAGCCUUCCACGAAGCCGAAGUCCGCCGCAGCGACGACACGGCACUUCACCGCGCCGCACAAGAAGAAGCUAGUGCGGGCGGGGACACCUUUGUCGCGGAUGCGGGACGACCCCUCCACGAUCAUCGUGCACACCGCGGGGGUGUGUGCGGCCAAGGACAUGGGCUUCGCCGCCGUCGGCGUCUGGUUCGGGCCCGAGUCGCCCCUGAAUCACGCGCGGCUCCUGAAUAGUCCGCAGCAUGCCGAGGAUGCGGGGGACGUGAUGACCGUGCUGCAGCCCGCGAAACAUUGGGGCGAGCAGCUGAGGCGCGCGCAGAUAUGUGCGGCUAUUGUCGGUUUGCGGACGCUGGAAAAGCAUGCCCCCGAGGAGCGCAGCGUCCUCGUCGCUGUCGAUCAGUAUCUCUGGAAGGUCAUGACGGAUCUGGUCUAUGCGUGGAGGAAGAACGGAUGGGUCGAGGACACGGGGAAUAGGGUCGAGAACUGGGUGCUGCUGCGCGAGCUGGAUAAGACGGCGUAUGAAAUGGAGGCGGCCGGAUGGAGGGUCAGGUUCUGGGGGCUGCUGAAGACGAAGAAUCAGCAGGCGGAGGAUAUGGCGAAGGGGGUGGUUGAGGACGCGAAGGCGAAGCCGAAGGCGAAGGACAUGGCUCAGACGAAGACGGAGGACAUAGGGACGGAUGCUGAGAUCGACAGCAAGUGGCUAGUAAAAGCUGCUGCUGAGCGGAUGUAAGCUACCAGACGCCAUCGAGGGGCAACAAGUCGACAGAAUCUCCUCAAAUCCUGACCAUGUAAAUUACACCUGGGGGGUAUAAACUGUAAAAACUGUAGAAAUCCUGCAUCAAUCG